AUGGCGGCCUCCUCCUCUUCUUCUUCUCCUCCUUGUGGAGCUUGCAAGUUCCUUAGAAGAAAGUGUGUCAAUGGCUGCAUCUUUGCUCCUUAUUUCCCCCACGACCUCGGCGCCUCCCACUUCUCCGCCGUCCACAAAGUCUUCGGUGCAAGCAACGCUUCCAAGCUUCUCGCUCACCUCCCCGUCUCUCACCGGAGCCUAGCCGCCGUCACCAUCUCCUACGAAGCUCAAGCACGACUUCAAGAUCCGAUCUACGGCUGUAUCUCCCAGAUUUUCGCUCUCCAACAUCAGGUUGUGAAUCUAAGGGCUCAAGUGGCUUAUUUGAGAGAACAAGCAGCUCAAAUCAUUCUUAACGGCUACAUUACAAGAAACCCUAAUGAAUUACUGUACGGAAACUCUUUGUCUUAUUCCGAUGAGGAAUUGCUGGAUCUUCAAACUUGGCUGCUGGAGGAGAGCUGCAGCACCGCCGCACCGGAGUUUGAACCUACGGCGGGGCCGUACGUUCAGAUGGGCGUCGCCGAUUCUAAUCUCGCCGGAGAUUUCUGCUGUUAA